ACAAAACCAAGAUGAAGCUUUCUCACAUGCUCCUCAGUCUCGCCAGCCUGGCGCUGGCGACGGCUCUUCCGCGGACGCCGAACCACAACGCGGCCACCACCGCCUUCCCCAGCACCUCGGGGCUGCACUUCACGAUCGACGGCAAGACGGGCUACUUCGCCGGCACCAACUCGUACUGGAUCGGGUUCCUGACCAACAACGAUGACGUGGAUCUCGUCAUGAGCCAGCUGGCGGCGUCCGACCUUAAGAUCCUGCGGGUGUGGGGGUUCAACGACGUCAACACCAAGCCCGCCGACGGGACGGUGUGGUAUCAGCUGCACGCGAACGGCACCUCGACCAUCAACACGGGCGCGGACGGGCUCCAGCGCCUCGACUACGUGGUGACCUCGGCCGAGAAGUACGGCAUCAAGCUGAUCAUCAACUUCGUCAACGAAUGGACCGACUACGGCGGCAUGCAGGCCUACGUGACCGCCUACGGCGCCGCCGCGCAGACCGACUUCUACACCAACACCGCCAUCCAGGCCGCCUACAAGAACUACAUCAAGGCGGUCGUCUCGCGCUACAGCAGCUCCGCCGCCAUCUUCGCCUGGGAGCUGGCCAACGAGCCCCGCUGCAACGGCUGCGAUACCUCGGUCCUGUACAACUGGAUCUCCGACACGUCCAAGUAUAUCAAGUCGCUGGAUUCGAAGCACUUGGUCACAAUCGGCGAUGAGGGCUUCGGUCUCGACGUCGACUCCGACGGCAGCUACCCCUACACCUACGGCGAGGGAUUGAACUUCACCAAGAAUCUGGGCAUCUCGACCAUCGACUUCGGUACUCUGCAUCUGUACCCGGAUAGCUGUAUGUUGUCUUGACAUGCUGAAUAAGAAGUCGGUGAUACUAACAUUGUUCGCAGGGGGCACCUCCUACGACUGGGGCAACGGCUGGAUCACCGCCCACGCGGCCGCCUGCAAGGCUGUGG